UCCAUCCACAUCUAUCAUCCUCAAACGGUUGAACGCUCCGCCAAGUCGCCGAUUCUCUUCGCGGUUUCAUCCUCCGUCAGACGCCAACACGCAGCACAUCAGCAGCACCGCAGCACGCCUCUUCAGUCGUCAACUACUCACAUCACUCCCGUCGCUCAGUCGCCUGCUCUCCGCCACUCAACCUUCAGCGGCUCAGUCAAUCGGCGCUUCCCUCAAUUUUCACAUCCAACCAUUCGUAGUCCCGUGGAUGCUACAAUUUAUUCUGAAGAAGCUCUUGCUUGAGUGGAAUUGUUUUUCUUCUUUUGUGCAGGCGUUUGAAGGCGAACAUGAAACUUGAUUAAAGAUCCAUGUGAUGGUAGAUGGAGCAUCACACAUAGUUGUGCUGCUAGCCUAAUAUUGUUAUGACCGACUCAAGGUCUGAAAGGAGUCGUGAAAUGAGAGAUGGGGAGAAAGAGGACAAGGAUGUGUUGAAAGAUCGGCUGCUCACUAGAGAAAGAAGGAAGGGAGACAGAGAUGAUCCAGAAAAGGAAAAGACAAAAGAAAGGGUUCGAGAAAAAGAUAAUGACAGAGACAGGCACAAAGACAAAGAGAGAGAUAGAGGAAGAGAGAAAGAUCGUAGGCAUCAUGAAAAGGACAAAGAUAAGGACAAGGAGAGGAUGAAAGAUAGAGAAAAAGACAAAAGCAGGGACAAAGACAAGGAUAGAGAUAGGGACAAGGAGAGGGUGAAGGAUAGAGAAAGAGAAAAGGAGAAGGAUAGAGAGAAACAGAGAGAAAGGGAAAGCGGAAGGGAUUAUGAUAGAGUGAGAAGUAAAGAUGCAAAUGAAAAAGAAAAAGGAAAACAUAGAGCUAGGGAUCAUGAAAGGCAUAAGUCUAGAGACACAGAUGGAAGCAUUCGGAAACUACACGAUGAAGAUCAUAAUAGGAACAUGGAUAUGGGAAAAGAUGAGGUGUCAAGGUUCAAUGGUAAAGAUGGUGAUGAUGGGGACUUCUCUGAACACGAUAAGGCAGCCCUAGCUGAUGAUGAUAGUAUCAGUAUGUCUUUUAUGAGGGGUGUACCUGUUGGAUCUCAAGCUUCUGUUUCAGAACUGGAGGAGCGCAUUUUGAAGAUGAAGGAAGAGAGGUUGAAGAAAAAACCAGAAGGUGCCUCUGAGGUUUUAGGAUGGGUUAAUAAGAGUCGCAAGAUCGAGGAAAUAAAGAAGGCUGACAAGGCUAAAGCCUUGCAGCUCUCUAAGAUGUUCGAAGAGCAGGAUAAAAUUGAUCAAGAAGACGAUGACGUUGAAGAAACAAAUCAUCGGUCUGCUGUUGAGCUGGGAGGGGCAAAGGUUCUCCAUGGGCUUGACAAAGUGCUUGAAGGGGGUUCAGUUAUCUUAACACUCAAAGAUCAGAGCAUACUUUCUGGUGAUGACAUAAAUCAAGAGGUUGAUAUGCUUGAAAAUGUCGAAAUUGGAGAGCAGAAGCGGAGGGAUGAUGCAUAUAAGGCUGGAAAGAAGAAAACAGGAAUAUAUGAUCAGAUUGAUGAGCCUGGUUUUGAAAAGAAAAUGCUUCCCCAAUAUGACGAUCCGAUGGAGGAAGAGAGCGUGGCUCUUGAUGAGACUGGACGUUUCAGUGGUGAUGCAGCAAAGAAACUGGAAGAGCUCCGGAGAAGAAUUCAGGGGGUUACCACAAAAAGCCACGCUGAAGAUCUCAAUUCUUCUAGCAGAGCAUUGACAGAUUAUUAUACUCACGAAGAAAUGCUUCAAUUUAAGAAGCCCAAGAAAAAGAAAUCACUAAGAAAGAAAGAGAAGCUGGACAUAAAUGCCCUUGAAGCAGAGGCUAUUUCUACUGGAUUGGGUUCCGGGGAUCUUGGUUCUCGGAAUGACAAGACAAGGCAACACCUAAAGGAAGAGAAUGAGAGAGCAGAUGCUGAGAAGCGAGACAAGGCAUACAAGAUUGCAUAUGAAAAGGCUCAAGAAGCAUCUAAAGCACUUCGACCUGAGUACAAUGUUACUUCUAAGGAAGAGGAAGAUGAUGAUAUUGUGUUUGAUGAUGAUGAUGAGGAGCUUAGAAAAUCAUUAGAAAGGGCAAGAAAACAAUUGCAAGAGAAUAAGGUUGCUUCCAGUAAAAUCUACUGUAGAAAAUCACAAGAGGAGGUCGUUAAAUCUGUACCAGAGACCAUUGCUUUGCUUGCUUCCACUUUGAAUGAAAACAAUUCUACUGUAGAUAAUAAUGACCAUGGCUCUGCAUCUGGGGACUUGCAAGAGAAUAAGGUUGUCUUCACAGAAAUGGAAGAGUUUGUUUGGGGCCUUCAGCUUGAUGAAGAUUCAAAUAAACCGGGUGAUGAGGACGUUUUCAUGGAAGAAGAUGUUAUACCCAAUUCUCCGGAUAAAGCAUCUAUAGCUGAGGAUGGUGGCUGGUCUGAGGUGAAAGAAGUCGAGGAAAAAGAAACGGACUUACAGAAAGAGGAUGAGGAGAAGACAGUUCCAGAUGGUACAAUACAUGAAGCUGCUGUCGGGAAGGGGUUAUCUGGAGCUCUCAAACUCCUGAAAGAUCGAGGAUCACUCAAGGAAACAAUCGAAUGGGGUGGUCGAAACAUGGACAAGAAGAAAAGUAAGCUUGUCGGUAUUAUUGAUGAGGAGGGGCCUAAAGAAAUACACAUUGAAAGGACUGAUGAGUAUGGUCGAAUUUUGACUCCAAAAGAGGCAUUUCGAUUGCUGUCCCAUAAAUUUCAUGGAAAGGGACCUGGCAAAUCAAAACAAGAAAAGCGCAUGCGACAAUAUCUAGAGGAGCUAAAGAUUAAACAAAUGAAAAAUUCAGACACACCAUCGCAGUCGGUGGAGAGAAUGAGGGAAGCUCAAGAAAAGCUAAAGACACCUUAUUUGGUCCUAAGUGGAAACGUUAAACCGGGGCAAACUAGUGAUCCCAGAAGUGGUUUUGCUACUGUUGAGAAGGACUUUCCUGGAAGUUUAACACCCAUGCUUGGUGAUAAAAAGGUUGAACACUUCUUGGGCAUAAAGAGGAAACCUGAGCUGGGCGGGGACUCUGCCUUGCAAAAGAAGCCCAGAAACUGAUUGGGCCAGUAUUUGCAAUGUACUCUGUGAAAGGUUGGUUAGAAGCAACUGGUGCUAAACUCUACAUUCUCAAGCUGAAAAUCGUCCUCAAUCUCGUCUCUAAGCUCAGAUUUUAGAUUUUGUAUGUGUUGGACGUUUUUUGCUUACCUUGCUUUGAAUAUGUAGGUGGGUGCUUUGGUCUUUCAUUUGCUAUACUUUUGCAUUAACAAUAUACACCUUUGAAUUCUUUGCUGACCCAUAGCCUACUUCAUUUUUAAGCUUUAUGUUCUCUGAGUGACUUAUUUUAUUAAUUUUAUUCUACAUUUAGAUGGUUUGGGAAAAGGUGAACAUGAAAAUUUUAUAGAAUCACGUUAUUUAACCAAACAUGGAUUAAUUUUUAAAUCUAAAACCGAUAAAUUAUUUGUCAAAAUGAACCCCCCUCCUCUUCAGGGCCCGCUAACCAAACGAACUCUUAGUUAUGGGAUGUUAUUGCUUACUCCUCCCCCCAAAGAGAAAAAGCCGAGUUGUAUUUGUAAUUCCUUGAAAUAAUAAUCAUUAAACGGUCAUGCUUAUAAUUUAAAGCAUGAGGUCAGUUUCGAGUUUGACUAGUGAUGGACUAAACCGGGCCUGCCUGUCCCGGAACUGGCCCGACCCGGCCUGGGUGACUUAUGGGGUACAAAAAAUCUAUAAAUACUUCAUUUUUUCUAUACAAUUUACUACACAUCUUUUCCACGAAUUCCAGAUUUCCAGAUAUUCCUACUCUCUAAUCUCUAUUUUCUACUAAUCUUCUCCAUCUUCAUCUUCUCAAAUUUAUUAUCUACUUAUUAGUUACUACCUCCGUCCCAUAAAAUUUUUCCCACUUUGACUUGGUACGGAGAUUAAGAAAGUGGAAAUGUAUGGUUGUGAUUGUGUAUGAAAAAGGUGAAAUGAAUGUGAAUCACACAAAUUGUCCAAAAAUGAUGAGUGAAAAGAAUUUUUUGGGAAGGCCCAAAAAAGAAAGUUGGAAGAAUUUUAUGGGACGGAAAGAGUAUUAUCUACUUAUAUUAAUAUCUAAUUAUUAUAUUAUUGUUACUUAUAUUUAUUUACUUAUAUUUACAUAUU